AUGAUACUCUUGAAUAUGAUUUUUUUAAUUACAUUACAAUUACUUUUCAUUGUUUGUGUAUCGAGUGAAAAUUUACCUGCGACAAAAUUGUUUUUAUAUCCUGUUGAACCUUCACUAUUUAACUGGUCUAAGAGAAUUGGUGAUGAUUUCACAUACAGAGCUUCAAUAUUAAAUGCACCUGAUUUACCCAAAUGGAUUGAAUAUUUGUACAGUAAAAAACAUAAAACUGGAUUUUUAUUCGGUGUUCCACCACAGGAUCAUAAAGAAUUAGAGGUAAGUAUUGAAAUAGUUGGUUUGAAUAGUAAAACAUAUGAAACGAGAAGAAGAGUAAUUCAUUUAAAUAUAGAACAUAAAGAGAAUCCUGCAACACAUCAGGUUCAUUUAAAAAUAGACAAUUUAAAUGUUGAUGAUUUUUUCGAUUCUCAUCGUAUGUCAAGACUCCUCAACAUUUUCAAAUAUAAAUUAUGGAAAGAAAGUUUUUCAGAUCUUUACUUUACUUUUUUAACAAGUGCUGUGUCUUUGGGAGCACGUAGACCUCUUAGACCAACAGAAGGAGAAGGUGUCGUUAUUCGUCUUGGAAGCAUUGCUACUUUUUCGAAUACUCUAAUCGAUUUGCAAGAAGAAAUAAAACCGCUUUGGAAACUUCAAUCUUGUCCAAGAGAUUUUAAACGUACCACAGUUGAAAGAAUAUUCAGAGAUGAAGGUUUCAUAUUGGAUUGGUGUAAUUUUAAACUUAUACAUAAACCAUCAGAUUCAAUAAUGAAUAGUUUUGGAGGAAGUAAUGAAAAAAUUUCUUUCGGUUCUGAAUUUUUUUACGAACCGAUUUGGUCAUCACCAACGAAAGCUCAAGUUGCCGGUAGAAGUUACACGAGAGAAUUUGCAUUUACUCUUUUAAUUCCUACAUUUAUUCUCAUAUUAUUAGUUUUACUUUUAUCUGUUAUAUUAGGAAUACAAAGGGAAUACUCGAGAGACGAAUCUGACGAUUUCUUUGAUUCUAUAUUUUGCCUUUGCGAAGAUUUUUGCAGGUUUGUCAUAAGGAUAAAAUAUAUGAGUGAUUUAUUUUGA